AUGAGAGCAGCUGUCCGGUCUUCAAGCGAUGACAUUCCAGACGAAGAGAUUGUUGAAGAAGUUACGGAAGUCACCAAAGAGGAGGAGGAAGACCCCUUGACUUUUGCGCAGCAGAUUGCACUUGCACACGACGUCACCAAAGAAGAACACGCGGCUUACGAAGCGGCGCAGGCUAGAAAGGCAGAGAAGCACGCCAAGGGGCAGGCGGCCGCACUAGCGGCAUUCCAAGCAGCGAGCAAAGCUGCUCCCCCUCAAAUGAAAAAGGGCGCUAACAGAAAGUCCUUUGCCAAGCUCGGGGCAACGGGAAGGCUGAGGCCUGGUGCCGCGGUGCUCAAAGGAUUCCCGGCAGUGCCACCAGGGGGAAACAGCAGGGGGGAGGCAGCAGAAGGCGCCAGCCAGCAAGCAGGGGAUAACUGCAAGAACAAAGUUCCUGAGCAAGGCACCAAGAAGGCACCAGCACGGGAGACAGAGGCAAAGAAGGCGGCAGCAGGUAUUAGCUUUUGA